CAACGAGCGUGUGUUCCGAGGCCGGAUCACGGUGGUCCAUACGACCGACUCGCGCACGAAUUUCACCGAUCGUUCACGACCGCGUGUUGUAUAUUCGCAAAACUGUCACCCGGUCACGUUUAUCGUCCGUUCCACGCGACGCGUCCUCCUCCGUUUACGAUCUCGAACAAAUAAAACAUGGCGUGACCACUCGCACGCGAUAUUCGACCGCGUAUCGACCCCGCAUCGAUCCUAUCGAAACGUCACUGAUACGUCACAACAUGGUGGACAAGGACCACGCGCGUUGACAGUGAAGGUAGGCUUGAUUCGGUUCAAGUGAAUCUCGUUCGUAUGACUAUUUAUCUCGUAGAAUACUUUCGAAAGUGUGUUUAUCCUCUUCUAAAAUCAAUCAGAGCUUGAUGUUUAGUAGUAACUAAUUCUGACAACACCGCGUUCGGAUUUGUGACACGACCACAGUGCUCGCUUCGAGAUACGUAUCUUGUAUAUACGCGUGUGUAACCGUGUUGGUGUAUGUGUGUUUACAUGGAAUCAGUGCUCGUUGGCAACAUCAUGAUCCGUCGACGCGAGUGCGAUCGAGUACUCUGGAGUGCUACCGAGGGUGUUUCUAGUGCGAGCUUGGAGGUUAUCGUCUGCGUGUGGGUUUCGAGAUGCGUCCUGCGGUGCAUCAGCCACGAGUAACUGCAAUUGGAGGCCGGUAUACCCGUAUAUAUACCGGUAACUUGGCCACGAGUGAGCGUAGUGUGCCGACUAACCGCUGGAGUAAUUAAUCCGACGUAUGUGCGGACAGACAUCCUUGUUCCUCCGGGCAGAGUCAAUCACCGACGUCGAUUCAGUAUCUGGUGUUCGUCGUUUGAUUACGGCUUCGAAAGAUUAGAGUCUUGAUUGGAAUUCACCUGUCACUCCGUGACAACGACGGUCAAUAGUUAAAGAGCCGGAAAAGCAGGCGGGGGGGAACAGGACAAAAUUCCGGAUCGACCAACUGGCGCGUGACAACGAUCGAUCAUUUAAGCAUAGAAAGGUGUGCCGAGUGAUGUUUGCGAAGACUGAUCAUUUCGACUUUUUUACGCGUCACUAACUAGACUCGAUCUACUGCUCGUUAUCGACCGUGCAACGUCAAAAUUAUCUACUUACGGUAAACUCGCAGUCGACCAACAGUUUCGGCGAAUAAAUAUUUUUUGUUAAUUCAACCUGCACUUUACGGACAGCUCUUAUCGAUAACUGAUAUAUCGUCUGACGUUAGCUGCUUAUCGCUAUCGAACCGAAGUAUCGUUUGGAAACAGUACACUAUUCCCCCGCGUUUUCCCGCCAAAUCCGGAGGCCAUUAAUUGUUUCAACGAAUCGAUAAAAAAGAACUUUCCGUUGGCUUAAUUAAUCAGAGUCACUCGCGUCUGGAUUUAAAAGUUAUCGGACGUGUAUCCUGGACGAAGGAAGUAAAUGAACGAGGCCGAUUACUCGAAUAGAUAAUUAAUCAGGAGCAAGCGAGGAGAGGAGACAUUCGUUCUGCACGACCAAUCAUCCAGGCUCCGAUGUCCUGAUCACCUUCGAGUGUAUACAUCAUUCGGGCCGAUUCGAGUGGAAGCUCUUAAUUAAUAAUCACGCGAACGCAUUGAAAUUCGUGUGUCGUUUCGCAUAUUAAGGAGGCCAAUUAAAGGAGUAAAAGAAAGAAAAGGGGAGGAAGAAAGGAGGAGAAAACGGACCGUGGCAAGUUGAAGAGGACUCGGCCAACUUCAUCGUCUACUUUUUAACUCGUUUCUUGAACACCGAAAAAAGAGUUCUCACGCCGCACGCGAGAGGGACCUUAAGCACGCACGCACGCACUCACGCACCCCUUCGAGGGAAGAACUUCAAGGAGAAGAGGAACCCCGUGCCACCAGGAAUCUUGAUUUCUUCUCUGCCUUUUUUCCAUCCUCUUUUCCAGCCCUCGCCCACUUUCGCUUCGCGUCUCAUCCAAUUGCUACUACGAUACCUGUCAACGAGUUGGGACUGGACAGACGCAGCUUGGAAAAAUUGCGCGUAGUCGGAGCUCGGAACUUCACGAUGGAGUGCCGCAAGGGUCGACGGAAAGGUCUACUCAGUGGCCUGGUGUUUGCGUGGCUCCUAACCAGCGGUUGCACCGUCGCAGCGCGAAAUAUAGAGAGGUACGACACCGCGUACGCCUGCGAGGGCAAAACACUGAGGCUCGAGUGCGGCGAGGGAAAGCUGAUCCACCUGAUCAGAGCGAACUACGGCAGGUUCUCGAUAACGAUAUGCAACGAGCACGGGAAUACCGAAUGGAGCGUCAACUGUAUGUCGCCAAAGUCUUUCCGGGUGUUGAACAGCGAGUGCAACGACCAGCAGAACUGCAGCAUCGUUGCGUCCACGUUGCAAUUCGGCGAUCCUUGUCCCAACACGCACAAAUACCUCGAGGCGCACUAUCGUUGCGUGUCCGCAGCAACAACCACGACAACAUCCCGUCCGAGUCCGCCGUGGUUCAUGACUUCUCAGCCGAGCGUUUGGAGCACAGCUAAGCCGACUGUCAGGCCUCCCUCUAGGAUUACGACACCCCCGGCUCAGCAGCCACCCCAGCCGCCGGCACCGUCCACCCCGGCGCUUCCAAUAACCACCACAGCAAGCUCCACAUCGACGAGGUCCCCGGUCGAUAUGGAGGUCCUCGAGGUGGACCAAGACUUAAUACCUCCUGCGAACGUUCCGUCUGCGAACGGACCUGCGGUACCUCCGGUCGUUCCUGAGACCACUCAGGCCACAACCACGUCGACCUUUGCUCCUUGGAGAACAAGUCGAAGGACCACUGUGCCGAGCACGCUGUACCCGGAGUCCAGCUCGAAUGGCCAAUGGUACGACUACGGUAGACAAGUGUGUCCCCCGGUGAUAGCCAGGAACCUGUCGUGGAACACGACCAGAGCCGGCGACGUGGCGGUUCAGAGUUGUCCGGGUGGCGCGAACGGUUUGGCACGAUGGAGAUGCCUGGCUAGAGGGGAUUCAGCCUUCUGGCACCGAGACAGUCCAGAUUUAAGCGAGUGUCGCUCGGUCUGGCUGACCACCCUCGAGAACAGGGUGACCGAGGGCGACGUCAUCCUUGGUAUCAGCCGGGAACUGUCGCAGGUGACGAACAACAGCCGAGGAUUGUACGGAGGCGACAUGAUGAUCACCACGAAGAUUAUCAAGAACAUGGCGGAGAAAAUGGCACAAGACAUACGAACGUACCAGGACGCGAAUCAGAGGGAGGUCAGCGUGACUGAAUUGCUUCAAGGUGUUGUGAGAACCGGCAGUAACUUGUUGGACAAGGCGCAAAUGGCGUCCUGGAAGGAUCUUAGCCAUCAGGAGCAGAUGAGAGUCGCGACCUCUUUAUUGAUCGGGCUCGAGGAGAACGCGUUUUUGCUAGCCGACACGCUGAUGCACGAGAAGACGAUCACUCAUGAAGGAAGGAACAUACUGAUGGAGGUACGCGUGUUGGACGCCCGGAAUAUCGGCGACGAUCUCGAAGUGUUCCCGACCGAAGCUGCUCAACAGAGAUGGACAGCCUCAAACGAUCGCGUCGAGCUGACCAGGGGUGCUUUGCUGGAGAACAGCGAGGGUGGCAUUGUCCGUCUGGUUUUCAUGGCCUUUGACAGACUGGAGGAGAUCCUGCAGCCGCAAGCCGAGGUAUCGUCGUUGGUGAUGAACGACGAGCCACAACCGCUGCCGAAGAGGAAUACGACCAGGCUGCUGAACAGCAAAGUGAUCUCCGCGUCUUUGGGCAAAGGAAGGCACAUACAGCUCAGCGAACCUGUCCGAGUCUACUUCAAGCAUCUGUCCAUUGAGAAUGUCACCAAUCCGACCUGCGUCUUCUGGGACUACAUUCUGAGCGCAUGGUCGGAAGAGGGUUGCGAGAUACGAAAAACCAACGAGACCCACACGGUAUGCGAGUGCAACCAUCUAACGAAUUUCGCCGUUCUAAUGGACGUUCACGCUGUCAGACUGGACAUCGCUCAUCAAGUGGCGUUGCAAAUCAUCACCUAUAUCGGUUGCAUCAUUUCCGUGGUCUGCCUCGUUCUAGCGAUUCUGACGUUUCAAUUAUUUCGCGGACUAAAGUCGGAUCGUACAACCAUCCACAAGAAUCUCUGCGUGUGCCUGCUGAUCGCGGAAAUUUUAUUCGUUUGCGGGAUCGGACAAACGAACCAGAGAAUUGUCUGCGGUAUAGUCGCCGGAUUGCUGCACUUCUUCUUCCUCUGCGCGUUCGCCUGGAUGUUCCUCGAAGGAUUCCAAUUAUACGUGAUGCUAAUCGAGGUGUUCGAAGCGGAAAAAUCAAGGCUCCGCUGGUAUUAUUUAGUCGCUUACGGUGCUCCGUUGCUGGUCGUAGCUAUCUCCUGCAUAAUCGAUCCCCUUAGUUACGGUACCGAUCGAUAUUGCUGGCUUAGAGCGGACAACUACUUCAUCUUCAGCUUCGUUGGACCUGUGAUACUCGUUAUACUGGCAAAUUUAGUAUUCUUGUCGAUGGCGAUUUACAUGAUGUGCCGGCACGCAAACACCACCAUAGCGAUGAAGAGUAAGGAGCACUCGCGAUUGGCCAGUGCAAGUGGAAAGGAAGAGAAUGCUCUUCCCAACAAAUUGCAAGCGCACUUGGCAUGGCUGAGAGGUGCAAUCGUCCUGGUAUUUCUGCUGGGGCUCACCUGGACAUUCGGGCUCCUCUACUUGAACCAAGAAUCCGUCGUGAUGGCGUACAUCUUCACCAUAUUGAAUAGUCUCCAGGGGCUGUUUAUCUUUGUGUUCCAUUGCGUUCAGAACGAGAAGGUGAGGAAGGAAUACAGAAAGUUCGUGCGCCGUCAUUCCUGGCUACCGAAGUGCCUGAGGUGCUCGAAGACGAUGACCGGAAGCUCCGGCGGUUCAUCCGGUACCAGCGGCGGCGCUGGCGGUGCAAACGGCGGCAAGGACUUCGCCUCGCACAACACCUCGUCGAAUCCAUCGGCGCCGACGACGGACAGUUCCGGAUUGUCGCCUCAUGCCGCCUCCAAUUACCUGGCGUCCGGUCGAAGCUGGGCGAUAGUCGACAGGCAGCCGGCAGUAGCAGUGCCAAGUGAAUCCUCUCCAACAGAGGCUCACAUCGUGGCCACGCUGCCGUACGCCCGUCACGCCUUCUUACCCUCAGCUCCUAAUAUCCCCAAAUCUGCCACCGCCACUUGGGGCCACCUUAACAAAAACCUCAUGUGGAAGAACAUUUCUUUUAAAUCGUACUCCCGCGACUCCGGACACGGCGGCUCCGAGCAAGAGGAGUCGCCCAGGACGCACAACACUCUGACCCUGGGCCAUUCCGGGCGGAACCGUGGGGCAAGGGUGAUGAACGAGAGCAACGAGAUCAUCGGUAACAGAACCAUCGGCAGCAGUAGCGGUAGGAGGAUCCCGAAGCACAAGUACACGGAGAUCCUCGACGGUCGUGCGAACGGACCUGGACAUCAUCAGAUGCACGCUCAUCACGGUCAACACGUGCAUAUUCCGCGGGAGCUGACGAACGAGGACGAGCCAGUUUACGAGGAGAUAGAACGAGGUGGCGUCGGUGGUGGUGGGGAGAUCCAGGUGUCGGACAUGUCCGACGAAGACGGCAGAAGGCAAAGCGACAUGAGCAGACAGUCGUCCAGGAGUUACGGCGAUCACAGGCCAUUGAUACCGUAUUCGCCAGCCACCGACAGGAACCUGGUGCAUUACGGGCAGACGCUGACGGAGCGUGGCGGUGGCGGUAACAUUCAUUGUGACGCGAACGAGUACAGUCCCGCGGUGGAAAGGACCCUGAACACUUGCUGGGAGAAGCUGCGGAAGCAGCAGCAAGCCUGGUACGAGCGCGGUGAGUUGCCCCGUCUGCCCGCCACCUACGGGAUACCCCCUCAACAGGAUCACACGAGGACGGUCGCGGUUCUCGACGGGCACACGGUCGUCUGUCACCUGCAGCCUCAGACGGACAUGUACACCGGCCGUGGUAUGCCACCACCUUCCUACAGCGAGUGUUAGGACGUCUCGUUUCAUCUUGUCGUCCUCUUCGUCUUCCUGCACGAGGACGACCGAUGCGCUCUUGCUCGCUGUCGAAUCGUCGCGUUGUGCUGGUCGACGCGUCGAAGAAACGCGUCGUUCGCGGAUCAAGGAGUCGUGUCACGGAUCGAGAGGAUCGAUCGCGGUCCCUUGUACCGACCACGGUGGUUCGUUCCUGAAGAGAGCCACGAUUCCGGAGCACCGAUGCGUCUCAGACUCGCUCUGUUCAUCCGGACGGUCCGGGUGAACAGGACCGACGCGUUCUUAGCUCAAACGAAACAGCGGCUACUCGACGACCCGUUCGAGGAACCCGCGUUUCUCUUAGCCAUAACGAUAAACCGGGCCCGGCCAUGGAAGGGCCUUCUUCUUUCUUUCUUUCCGUUUCUUCGGUGAUCGCGUGCACGAGGCUGCGAGUGCGGCGAAUGUCCACCGCCAAAGGACGUGUCUGUCGUCUCGAGUUGGAUCCGUGCGACUGUCUGUGUGCGUCGGUGCGUGUAUGUAUGAUUAAACGCGGAGGAUCGAGUUCUGUACGAUAUAGAAUCAAUUAAGCGGACCUCCUGUUAAAGUAAUCAGUCGUCGUUGUACCGUCGAAAGCCAUGCGCGCGCCUCUGGGAUUGGCUCAUCGAAUGGCGGAUAUGAUGUUGUGCGAGGAACGAUAAAACGUGACGAGUCCUCUUAGGUUACUAAGAUCCGCUAGGAGAACAUCGGAUGCGAUAGGUUUCAAGGAGUAUUUCAUGUACAUCGGGAAACAGGCAAACGUAAGGAUCGUAAUUUUUCAGACAAACUAUUUCCUUGCGUUCUCGAAUACGAUCUUCUCGUUUGUCCUCGACUUUCCUCGAAACUUGUCCUCGCGAGCGUCGAAGUCGAGGAAGGAUAUUCCUCGACGAUCUCGUCGAUCCAAUCUUUUCUCGUUAACGAGCCACGAUACUGAGCGAAGUGGACGAAGUGAAAUUAGAAAACAUAUCGAGAUCGACGUUGGGGAUUUUGUUGAGGAAAUCGUUCGCUCGUUAACGAUCGACGAGAAUUCGAUUUUGAUUCCCGAACGGAAUCUGUGACGACUCGAUAAAGGAAUCUGGAGCUGGUGUUUACCUGUCAAAGGUCUUGCAUUUCAUCGAACGGUGGACAGCGUUCAGUGACAUAUCGCGUAUCGCUGAUCGAUAUUAAAUCUCGCUCCAAAGCGUAGGGAAGAAAGUAAAGUUACUUAAUCGCUUACUUCGAUUAACGAGUAUCGUGUUUAUAUUAGCGAUCGCAUCAUAGAAAUAAUCGCUUCUAAAAUCUACGUUUCUCGAAUGGCAACAAUUUCGUGGGGUAAAUUCUAAAAAAUGAAUAGAGGAACGUGUGUCCAUUUCGUGCGUUUCGAUGAUUAAAAAAUUCCUUCCGAAGGAAGGCAACAAAAUUCACGGCUGAAAGUAUCUUUAUCGGUCGUCCUAGCCAGCUCCUCAUUGUACAUUGCUUUGGAACGUUACGUUUUAGUCCCAGAAUGUUAUUUUUAUAAAUAAAAAAAAUUAUAUAUAUAUAAAUGUAUAUGUAUGUAUACAGUAACGAUAUUAUAUAUAUAUAUAUACAUAAAGAAAACCCGAGAAGAACGAAUGGGCGAAAGAGUUGUACGAAACAAGUAUAUAUAUAAAUAUAUAGUGAUACAAAGCGAUUUUCCGAGCGACGUGGAAAAAGCAAAAAAAACUUAGUCACUGUUUUUUACUAUUUUUUAAAGAACAAAAAAGGUAUAUGUCGUAACCGCGUAAUCUAAUGUGUAACUAAGGAAACCCGCGCGCUAUUUAUUUUUUAUCAUCCGUGAGUGUUAUCUAAUGUGUAAUUAGCGGACGUAUCGAGGUCGACGAUCGAUGAUGCGCGAUCGUACGAGCGACAGGUUCGAUCAAACGGAUCCAUUAGAUCGCCACCAUCGGAUCGUCGCGAGUCUGGUGACGAAAUUUUAUGCUUGCAAGAUGAUCCUUGACAGACGGGUAUCGACUACACCAGACGCCAUUGUAGCUCGAUAUUCUUCUCGAAUCGAUGUAACUGGAGAAAGUUAUGUUGGAUCAAUUAACUACGGUAAGACUAAAUCAUUUUCUUUUUAAUCAUGUUACUCCUAUGGAAACUGUGGUUCCAUACGAGACAAAAUGCCUGCCAAAUUUUUCUUCUUUCGACAAGAUCGUUGUGUGUUCACGUUCCCAGAGAUCAUGCGAACGCAGUGAAUUCAUUCAACAUAAUCUUUUUCACGAUGUGACAACAACUUUCUACAUCGUUUCUCCGUUUAAUUUAUUUCUCUGCUCAGCCGGGCCGGCCGUGAUCCUUCUCUCCGGCAAACCGUUGUACGUUAAGGCGACUAAAUCUAUAGGCGAAUUAUAAAUAGCGAUAAUCAGCGUUAAGGGUACCAGCUAUUGAUAAGCGUGCGAACGUUUCCUCGGACUUGUAAAAGAAACGUUAUUGCUCAGUCUGGCAUCGCGCUAACCCGUUCGCGGUUAUCCUGGUUUCUUUAGACCCUUCGCACAAGCGUUAGAUAUGGAGAACAAACACAUCUGGAAACCGAUUCUGUCCAGGAUGCUAAAGGUAGAAGGAAAACGUGUAUGUACAGUCUCGUGCAAUUUAGGCUUAGUUUAAUUAACAGGAAAUAAUCAUAAUUUUUAUUUAGAAAGACAGCAAUGGUUAGUUUUUUCAAAUUUAAAAUUUUCAAAAUUAUCUUUCAAUUAAUUAUUUUUACAUUAUUCAAAUUUUCAAUAAUGAUUCUCAAGGAUUAUAUCAAUCAAUGGGAUCUCCUUUCGCUAUUUUCCUUAGAGAAGCCUGUUAUGCUCGCUACUGUACAUACGAUUUUUCAAGCCAUGAAAGUCUACCGUCUCGUUUUUUUAUCCGUAGAUCGAAUCUACCAGGUAACUCUUGCACGAUCGUUGCGUAACGUCACCAAUAAAAAAUCGUCAAAUCGUAUAACUUCCUAUUACUUUUAUACACACCGUUAUGGUAAUUUUCGUUUAUUUACAUUCCUUCGUCGCGAUAACACGCGAUGUAUCUUUCGGGUCAAUUAGAGGAACGCAUACAAGAGACGUCAGUUGGUAUCGAGCCUGCAAAGAGUAUACAUCAAAUAGUCUUUAAGUAGUUCUACCUUAUUCUACUUUAAAUAGUAGAUUGAAAAAUUUUAACACUUUUUCAAAUCGCACUGCUCGAUACCCGCGACUCUCGUUGCGGAUCGCUCAAUACACGUAAGUAACCAUGAACAAACACGUUACGAUACGCGACGACGUGAUUUUUAACUGGUUAAGGUUUCCAUUGUUCGACGCGCGUUCCCGUGAACUCGUAUUUCAAUUUUUCGAACGGUUUUGUUUCAGAAACGUGCCGCCGCGUUUCGAACGUCCGCGAGGCGACGGGGAUAGUUGAAUAUAAUUUGUGAACCAGCGCAACAUCUUGCCCACCAAUUGCCAGAAUAUUAAUCGUAAACGCAGCCACAUUCCAUCCCUUAAAUAAGGUGCACGAGCCAAGUAGAUCAGGGACGACUUCCUAAGCACACCUCUGUGAGUAGGCAAUCGAUUUACGAUUUCGCGUAUUCUUUCUUCUUUAUUUUUUUUUUUUCCACCCCCUUCCUUCACCUUCCUUAUUGCUCCUUCAGUUUAGUUUCUUUGCAUCGAUAACGGCGUAACCGGCGGGCCAUCGAAGAUAAGAGGACACUGUCGUCAUUGUCACGUCACUUUGAAAGGGUUGAUGCGUGUGAAAGAGGAGGAGAGAGCGUUAUCGUCGGGAAACUCUCGAAGCGAGGUGUACAUAAUGUAAAUAGGGCUUUGUACAUGUUGAACACGUUGUAAUGUAAAUGGAAAAUGAAAAAGACGUGUGAACAGAGAGAAAGAGAGCAUCGUGUGUGCAUGAUGAGAGAGAGAGGGAGGCGACCGAGAGGAUCGAUGUGAGAAAACAGAAAAGAAUACACUAGGUAAGACAAGUUACUAGUAAGUAGUGGAUAUUACAGUGACUAUUAUCGUGAUGGCGAAUGCGUGAGGCGGUUUAACUUAAGUCCCAAGCGUAAUUAGUUAAUGUGUAAAUAAAUUAAGCGAGGAAGUAAAAGAAACAAAAAAAAAACCUAUUAAAUGAGAGAGCCCAAGUAAUCAUUGGAUAUUUAUAAAUGAACUCCACUAAUGAUGGACAUGAACGAUAUAGAUUCGGACGAGAGUAACGAGGGAAUGUAAAUACAUGGAAUCGAGUACUUGUGAAUUUAGGCUAUCAUUAUGAGAGGAAUGUUAGGAGAGAGGAGAGGAAUAUCGAAAGGUAACGACAGAAAUUCGAGAACCGAAUAGAGAAAAGCGUAUGAUGGUAAUGUGCGACGUUAAUUGAACGAACAAAUAUUCACAGUGCAUGUUUUAUCCUUAGCCGUUUUAUAAAAUAUGAAUAUCCUUCUUCCUCUCCUACCUCCUUACACCUUAUCUUCUCCUCUUUCACGCGACGAAACAGCCGCAAAAGUUGAUCUUCUCUCUGAUCGAGUACACCUGUCUCUUUACUUUUUUCCACCCUUUUCUCUGUUUCAUUCAGCUAAAUGCAUCUUCGAACCAAUCACAAUCGUCCUUCGAGAUACUUAGCGAAUAAAUUCGUUCAUUUUGCUUGCAAUGAAAAAAAAAAAAAAGAUCGGUACAGAUUAACGAGCCA